AUGUCUGCUUAUAAGGAAGAAGACCCAGGCUUUCGAGACCAGGAACAAGCUGAUAGCGACAUGAUCCGUGAGCCCAGGCAAAUUAUUCUCCAUAUGCUGCCGCUAGACGAAGCCAACGAUGACAUCGAUGGCGCAGCUGCUCUUCUGGUCUCCCAGGCCGUGGCAAUAGCUAUCAGUGAGGAGGAGAGUGAGGAGGAGGAGGUUUGGCCCGAGGUUGAUGAAAUGUGGCCCGCUGAGGAGAUCUGGCCUGAUGUCGAGGAAGCGUGGCCCGGUGUGGAAGAGGUCUGGCCUGACGUAGAGGAGGGGUGGUAUGUGUGGAGAGCUGAACAGGAGGAUGAGAACGAGGAAGGCCAGGAGGAGGAGGAUGAAGAGAGAGUUUACAACAAUGAGGAACAGGAUGAAGAACAGGGAGAUCAAGGACAUUUCGGGAUUGAUUAUUGA